AAAGACUCUGUAGUCAUCGCAGCAAAUCGUAAACGUUAUUUCGCUUGCAAAAAAGUAUUUUUAAUAAAUGUAAACCUCAAAAGCGUAUUUGAAAAGCAUCAUUAAAAGAACAAUGCAUACAUGAAUUUAACUUUAAAAAUAGUGUGAUUGGGUAUUCAAACUUAUUGAAGUAAUUUAUGCAAUACAUUUUCGCGAGUUAUAGUAGGCUACACACUACUAAACAUUGACUGAAAUCCAGACAGUUUUCCAUCAAGAUGUCAUCAGCAGAGCUUGCUGUCGGUGUUGUGUUGCCGGCAAGUGGUACAGGGGACAGGUUUAGCUGUCAGACUCCGAAGCAGUUUGCCUGCCUGCUGGACAAACCCAUAUUUUUUCACACAGUGAUGGCAUUUUACAGGUUUGACUGGGUACAAAACAUUGUCAUAAUAGUGAGUACAGAAUACAUUGACAGAGUGACAGCCAUGGUUGACUGCUUCAAAGACAAGGUGAAAGUUGUGCUCGGUAGCAACACCCGACAUAGAUCUAUCCGGGUGGGCGUUCAAGCAUUAUUGCAUGUCCAGCCUGUACCAGAUGUCGUGGUCAUUCACGAUGUAGUGAGACCAUUUUUUGAUGAAGAAGUUGUCAAGACCAUCGUUAAAAAUGCAUUUGUUCAUGGGGCAGCAGGUGUGACACGCCCUCUGGUUUCCACAGUAAUACAAGGUGACGAAAACGACAUGCUGACGGCAUCCCUUGACAGGAACCUGUACCGUGCCAGUGAGAUGCCACAAGCAUUCAAGUAUGGGGUUAUCAAGGAGGCCUAUGAAAAAGCUGAUGAGAAUGACCUCGACUUUGGUACAGAGUGUCUAUUCCUGGCCCUCAAACACUGCCAAACCCCGGCAAAAUUGAUUCCUGGACCGGACAGUCUAUGGAAGAUUACAUACAAAAAAGAUCUCUACGCAGCUGAAGGCAUUAUGAAAGAGACGGGUAUUUGCGUGUGCAUUCAGUCAGUAACAGGCAGUGCCAGUGAAAUUGUCCUGCAGUGUUUGGAACAUCAUAUCUCAGAAAAAGGCCUCUCCUGCAAACGGGUCAGUGAGGUGUCAUCGGAUUUCAACACUUACGUGUUUGUGCACACAGAAAAAUCUGACAUUAUGACAAUGCUUGAAACCAUGUCACAAGAGGUCUGCGACUGCCACAGAAGACACAAAUAUGAAAUAGUCAAGCCAUGUGUGAUUCACGUGUAUGCUGGAAAUCUUUGUGAUACCGAAACGGAGAGAGAAUUUAGUGAAACCAUCACAAAAUUGUCUAAAGACCAGUGUAGCGUGCUUUGGUAUGGAGCAGUUUGCCAGAGCACCUGUGGCAGGCUUGGGAAAAUGGUGGCGAGUCUCUGUUGGACAAGAGAAGACAGUUUCUCAGGACAGACAUUUGUACUUCAUUCAUGACGUCUACUAACAGUUGACCAAUGUGUCAUGGACAACAGAGGAAAAACUAUAUCAAUAGUACCUUACCUGCUUUUGAAGAUCACGUGUGAAAUCGAAAGUUAAGAACAUGGGUAUUGUUUUCUUAUGGAUCUUGCAACACAUUGAGCCUCUAUCUGGAAAAUCUGGGAUUAAUGCAUGUUUGUGAAGUGUCGUCCCAGAUAAGCCUGUGCAUGCAGUCAGCACAGUUUGAUCAGUGACAACUAUGACUAUUUUUAUGCCCCCCUUCGAAGAUGAGGGGGUAUAUUGUUUUGCACAUGUCCGUCGGUCGGUCUGUCGGUCCACCAGAUGGUUUCCGGAUGAUAACUCAAGAACGCUUAGGCCUAGGAUCAUGAAACCUUAUAGGUACAUUGAUCAUGACUGGCAGAUGACCCUUAUUGAUUUUCAGGUCACUAGGUCAAAGGUCAAGGUCACAGUGACUGGAAAUAGUAAAAUGGUUUCCGGAUGAUAACUCAAGAAUGCUUAGGCCUAGGAUCAUGAAACUUCAUAGGUACAUUGAUCAUGACUGGCAGAUGACCCUUACUGAUUUUCAGGUCACUAGUUUUUUAAGUUUUCACAGUACAGAGGUAUCCUCCUCCAGUUAAUCCUAAAAAAAGUAAUUCGGAAGAUACAACAAAAAUGGUUUCAAUUAUUGAACUAACAUACAGUUACCAAAGGUAUGGGGGCCUUGUAAGUAUUAAUCUAUGAAAAUUAUGAUACUUUGACUUUAAAUUUGUUUAAUGAUGUUUAUUGAGACAAGUCAAUGGAUGACAAUCUAUUCCAGCAACUAGAUGGAAAAAAGUUUCAGAGGCUAUCUGCAGCAAACCAGUAGGUGUUCAAUUUAAAUCAGUUUUUGUUCAGGCUCGUCGUUGGCAAUCUUUUCUGGGAUGAGAUGGAACUAAAUUCUGAGGCUGUCUUCAAUCAACCAGUAGGUGUUCCAUUGACCACUGGGUCUUACUGCUUGUCUAAGGUGUAAGGUAGAGUAAAAAGAUAUGUAAGGUAGAGUAAAUAGAUAUGUAAGGUAGAGUAAAUAGAUAUGUAAGGUAGAGUAAGUAGAUAUGUAAGGUAGAUUGAGUAGAUAUGUAAGGUAGAGUAAAUAGAUAUGUAAGGUAGAGUAAGUAGAUAUGUAAGGUAGAGUAAGUAGAUAUGUAAGGUAGACUAUGUAGAUAUGUAAGGUAGAGUAAGUAGAUAUGUAAGGUAGAGUAAGUAGAUAUAUAAGGUAGAGUAAGUAGAUAUGUAAGGUAGAGUUAGUGUUUUUUCCAGGCCGUUUUAGCGUGGCGAAUCGCCAUGCCCCUUUUUUGUAGCGCCACGCUGCCCCUUUCAAAGCCAUUUAGCGCCACGCUGCCCUUUCCAAAGACCGCCGCCAUGCCCUUUCAUGAGUACCCGCUGUUUUCUGUCCAUAUUGAUAACCUCUUGACUUAAGUUCUAAGCCGACUAGUAUCAGAUUAUGGCCUCCGAGGCAGCGCAUUUGUGAAUAAGUCAUGCGUGAAUAACCCCAUGUCAGUAUCAAUUGAUAUGUUAUACCACUAAUCGGUCGGUAAUGUGUAUUCCUCCACGAUAAAAUCAUGGACUGUUACUUCGGAGACUUUUGAUGAAAAGCUCGAUGUUAUCCUCGUGGCAUUUCAUACAUAAUUCAGUUAUAUCAAAACAUAUAUUUUUCGGCGUAAGCUGCAUAAGCCAGCUUGUCACCUUAGCCUGACCUUUGAAAGUGUCCAAUAAAAUUCCAAUAAAAUUUCCCGCGGCUAGGUACGAAUGAAUACACUUCAUUUAUUCCAUUGGCUGAUUUGAGUAUACCACCAGAACAUUGGAAACAUAUCCGCGUCUUUGUAACACUGUUUUACUGUAUGAAACAAUUUUAUCUCGAAUGAAAAGGCUUAAUAGAUAGAACAGUUUUACACUCAAUUCUCGACAUCAAUACAGUUUGUGCGUACACCUUUUAUUUUCAGAGUAUUACCAGCGCAAGAGCGUUUAUACUUAAAAGGCUAUGUUCUCAUAUUUAGUACUUACUUCCUUAUUCCUGUCAACAUGUUAACAUGUAAAAGUAUAAAGAGCAAUGGAAGCGAGGCCUCACUUUAAAGCAUUGCAUUUCAACCCGCGAGGUAUAUUGGGUCAAUUCGCGGACAUUCAGAGUUUAUAUACAGGUCAUCACCGGAGUUGGCGGCCAGUAAAAUAAUCGUUAUAUAAUAAAGACGCUAUCCGUGAACUAGGUGACCUGGAAUUUUCUUUAGACCACAAAAUUUGUUAAAUGAAGAUAUUCAGCAAUAUAAUUAUGGUAUGUAAAUAAUAGAUUCUUAAUGUGUUUUCAACAAUACAAUGAUAAAUAUUAUUGUUGAUAAAUUUAACAAUAAUUAUUCGUCCAUAUUGCCUAAUGUACUAAAGUGAUAUUAUGAGCAUGUAACAGUUUAUAGGUGUCUAUCGCAACCGUUGAUUAUUUUUGAUGUUUCUACUUCAUAUACACUUAUAUUAAUUAAUGCAGCAUCAUCAUACUAAAACAAUAUACCAGAAAGAGAAAAAUAAUGCAUUUGAAUAUCAACCGUACUUUCGUUUGACAACUGAUCAUGCGUUUACGAGUUGAACCUAAAUUUAGUUUUAGUGCAGAUUUGUUAAUACGACACAAAGACACGAAAUUGUUUUACGGAUCAUUUCAGCUUACAGGACUGGGUGGGUCACGUAAGAAUAUCGAAUAUAAAAUAUAUUUUUAUAAACAACUGGUAGCAAGGUGAGUUGCAGAUAAUUAAUCAGUAACCACAUUUUAACUAACUAUUUUGACCUGUUAAUUCUUUUCAGCUCAAUUCAACAGUGCAAAAUGCCCAUAAUAUCACUUUAAGCAUUAGCACGAUGAUAAUUGAUACUGUUAAUAAUCGAAUCAAAUAGCAAUGCCCGACAAACCACUAAAACAGGUUUGUUCGAAGAACGCGCCUAUAAAUACGGAUACUUCUCGUGUGGCCGGUUGACUCAUAUGUUUAAAUUUCACUUCCAUUCUUCUUUUGGUUUUCUGUUUUGUAUCAAUAGGUUUAUGACCAGCAAUAUGUUAUAAUGUAAAAUAAGCCGCGAAAACUCCCCGUAACAUCCCGUACUGCGUGUGAUGCAGCUAAGAACUGCACAGAAAAAGACAUUCGCUAUACUUGAUCUCAUUCAUUAAACUAUUUACGCCGUAUAUCUUUUUUAAAGAUAUUUCUUGUUACCCAUAAUUACAUUUAAAAACACAAACAAAUUAAUUAUUUAUCGAUAUCGUCUUAAAGAUAAUUAAUUAUUGAAUUAAUUACUGAGACGUAUACUAAUUAAACAAAGUGAGAAUCGCGUAUUAGGCGGACGUAUUAGACGAUUUUACGUUGCUAUGCGCACCUGUCGCUUACAUCAUUUGACAUUUUGACAACAUGGCGGACAUACAGAAUUAAAUUGUGACUCGGCAAACAUGGCAAAUAACGUCGUAAACGAUCGAAUUAACGAUGGAGAUUAUACAUUCAGAAGGAAUUUCUGUGAUAAUCAACGAUGCAUAAACAUGUUUUGAUAGCAACAACAUACUUAUUUGUAAUCUACUCAGAUUACAUGGGCCCACAUGGGCCACGCCCACCUAAAAUUGCCUUUUACUAUAAUUUCUUCAUUUCUACACCGAUUCACUUCAAAUUGAUACUGAACCUCUCUUAUGACAAUACAGUUAAUCUCAACUAUGCAUGGCCCCAUUACCAACCCUGGGGCGCCCCGCCCACAUAGGCCACGCCCACCCAAAAUUGCCUUUUACUAUAAUUUCUUCAUUUCUACACCGAUUCACUUCAAAUUGAUACUGAACCUCUUUUAUGACAAUACAGUCAAUCUCAACUAUACAUGGCCUCAUAUCCAACCCUGGGUCGUCCUGGCCACUUAGGCCACGCCCACCCAAAAUUGCCUUUUACUAUAAUUUCUUCAUUUCUACACCGAUUUACUUCAAAGUGAUACUGAACAUCUCUUAUGACAAUACGGUCAAUCUCAACUAUGUAUAGCCCCAUUACCAACCCUGGGGCGCCCCGCCCAUAAUAGGCCACACCCACCCAAAAUUGUCUUUCUCCCCACGCUUUUUGAAAUGCGUGGGGAUAUUGUGGUUAUCUCCGUCUGUCCGUCCGUCCUGGCCACUAUCUCGUCCUACACUAUUAGCACUAGAACCUUGAAACUUACACACAUGGCAGCUGUGAGCAUAAGAGCGACCCUGCACUUUUUGGAAUUUUGAUCUUACCCAUCAGGGGUGGCGAAAUCUCAAAAAACUAUACUGGUCCACGGACAACAAUUUAUGAAAUUUAACUUGUCCGUUGCUGAACUACUGUUGCCGUUAAAUUAUAAACGCAUUUAUUGUUAUACCUACACAUGUACCAUUCUAAUCAGAUAAAAUAGUGGCCAGUUUCUUAGAAAACUGAUGAUGGCAACGGUGUAAUCCUCGUGGAAAUUGUGCAUUUCAUGCGUAAUAUUGUCAAAACAUUUUUUCAUCACGUUAAGCGUUUUAACAAAGACUCGUUGAAUUAAUUACACACAACUGUAAACGUUUUGUUUUAUUCUCAAAUGAGCAUAAGUAAAUGUGUAAUCCGACAAACACUUCUGAAUAUAAUGACAGCCAUUUCCAUAUGCAACGGAACUAUCCGGCAAUGCUCGAAUUUGUAUGAAAUAACAUGAGAAAAAAAUGAUGCUAGAAUUUAGCCAACAUUUGGUAUGGGAAGGUAUAAAACCCGGAAAUGUCCGGAAAACCCUGAAUUCGUUUAGGUAAAACCCAGAAAAGGUAAAAAUGGUUAUAAAUGCAUUAUUAUAUGUAUUAUAAUGGUACUGUUGGAAAGAAGAGCCUCCAAAGCUUCUAACGAUGUAAACAUAUUGUAUGGCAGGGUCGGGGUCGGUCUGUAAAUUGCGGUCAAAGUCCGUCUACUUUUAGUGUUUUUUUUUCGCACACAAAAAAUGCCUAAUGGAAAACCCGGAAAAGGUAAAAGUGAUUUAGAGUAAACAGUUUUAUUUAUUCGAUAUUAAUUAUAAUGGUACCUUUGUAAAGAGGAUCCUGAUAAGUGCCUACGAAUGAUUUUGAUAUAUAUCUUAUAUUGAGGGUAAAUAGUAUAUAUGAUGGCAUUUGUUGUCGUGAGAGCAAUAAGGAAAAGACAGCGGGAGGUUUGACUAUUUUCCCUCAUGAUCUUAUUUCUGGAGUUAACUUAUUAUUUUAUUAAAAACAUGCGACGUUGUUUUUGUUUCAUUUCAUUGUGCCUUAGAAAGUUACAGUUAUGUUGCUCUGGUGAACAUACAACCAUUGCGUAGCUGAAUAGUUUAAUCAAAUUAAGCGUAUUCUCUUUUAUUGUAGUUUGAUUGAAAUUGUCAUGCAAUUAGCUUAAUUAGUGUUUUGCUUUUGAAGUUUUGUUUUUCUUUUGGCAAAGUGUAAUGUUUCGGCGCCCUUAAACCGGGUCUAAACCUCAGGCUAUCCGUUGCUUUGCAUUGGCCAUGUUAAUGCGGUGACCCCAGUGUGUGUCGUGUUUUUUGUCAUGUGUCUAAUUAAAUUGCAAUUGGCCACAUGCCUCAAAUGACCGGCCUUGUUUUGACGAUACAAUAAUUUCCUGCAGAUGCAACUUGAUAUUAACGUUAUUUAUAAUUGAUAUUGGACUCGAAUCUGUUAGUUCAUCCAUAAUACACAAUUAUUAAACAGCGUACAUUCAUCAACAUAAUUCGCUAAACGUGAUAUGAAGCGAUGUAUCUUAUUAGAAUUUUCAAAACCCUAUUGUGAGUGUUUCCAAAAUAAUCGUACAUUAUGAUAGUAUGACGACAUUUUGUACAAUCGUGACAGACGCGUUAACCAAUUAUAUUUGCGUAAAUUUCUUGUAUUGCCCUCUUUUUGUUAUUAUUGAUGAAAACACGAAGCUUCAUAUCACGUUCGGUUAUCUCUAGCGCCACCUCUGUUUGGAGUUGUAUUAUUUAUUGAGUCAACUAUACUUCCAAGAUGGUACUUGUAACCGAAAGUAAAAAUGAAGAUAAGUAUGUUUAUAUGUCUUCGACGAUAUCACAAGUCCCCUAAAUGUAACAUGUGGAAAACAGCAAUUAAGAUUAAAGAAACCUCAGCUAAUGUAGGUUACGUCAUGCACAACACGUGUAAAACAUUGCCCAAUUACCGGGGUCUUUGUGCCGAUGUCGUUUGAACCGAUAACGAACACAACAACCUGUAAUGAUGGUUUAAUGUACAAUGAACAUGAUUUGAUGUGAAUAAAAGAUAAUAUAUCCCUUUUCCGUAUAUACAAGAGAAAUUGAGAAAAAUAAGUUUCAGUCUCGUGAAAAUGUGACAUUUUAUGUCGUGGGGACAAAGCAGGAUGAAGAUCCUUAUCGCGCAUGCAUACCACCGCUUUAGUUUUACAUGAAAUUGGUGGGGUUAUCAAAGGGGAGGGGCGGAGACGGGCACAAAUCUUGACCAAAGCGUGACCAAACGAUCGUUAUAUGGGCAUUCAUAACGUUGAAUAUAAGUGACACGAGUGUGGUGCUUUAUACAAAUUUCGGUUUGGGGGGCUCAUAAAAUGUAUUUGAAAAUCUUAACAAGUAUUAUCAAAGUACAGAAUCCGGAUAGUGCCAUUAAUAAUCUCGUCCUCCUUUCAUUACGGGCGAUAGAACAAGUAAUAUCAAGAAACAUGAUGGUUAUAAUGACGUUUCUAUGGUGCUUUUUUUCAAUAACAAAUAUGUGUCACUAUGAGUUGUGUAUUGGCUGCAGCGAAUCUACCGUGUAUCUCAUUUCUGGAGAAGACCCUAUCAGCAGCUAGGCCAGUGUUGACCAAUUCACAAUGAAUUAACUAAUAAGGAUCUUGUGUAUUCAUUUUUGAUACAGUGUAUUCAUGGCUCAAAUCUCAUUAUUACUGGUAUGACACACCGUAAAUUGUACGACUAAACAAUGCAAAUGAAAAUAAAUCCAGAAACAGAAACUUAAGUGAAAUGGCGAGUUGAUACGGAUUAAACUGUAUAUAGUUCAAUAUAAGUAUUUACAAAUAUACACAAUCGAUCUUUAAAAAAUAACAGAAUUGAGUUUUACACUCAAUUCUCGACAUCAAUACAGUUUGUGCGUACACCUUUUAUUUUCAGAGUAUUACCAGCGCAAGAGCGUUUAUACUUAAAAGGCUAUGUUCUCAUAUUUAGUACUUACUUCCUUAUUCCUGUCAACAUGUUAACAUGUAAAAGUAUAAAGAGCAAUGGAAGCGAGGCCUCACUUUAAAGCAUUGCAUUUCAACCCGCGAGGUAUAUUGGGUCAAUUCGCGGACAUUCAGAGUUUAUAUACAGGUCAUCACCGGAGUUGGCGGCCAGUAAAAUAAUCGUUAUAUAAUAAAGACGCUAUCCGUGAACUAGGUGACCUGGAAUUUUCUUUAGACCACAAAAUUUGUUAAAUGAAGAUAUUCAGCAAUAUAAUUAUGGUAUGUAAAUAAUAGAUUCUUAAUGUGUUUUCAACAAUACAAUGAUAAAUAUUAUUGUUGAUAAAUUUAACAAUAAUUAUUCGUCCAUAUUGCCUAAUGUACUAAAGUGAUAUUAUGAGCAUGUAACAGUUUAUAGGUGUCUAUCGCAACCGUUGAUUAUUUUUGAUGUUUCUACUUCAUAUACACUUAUAUUAAUUAAUGCAGCAUCAUCAUACUAAAACAAUAUACCAGAAAGAGAAAAAUAAUGCAUUUGAAUAUCAACCGUACUUUCGUUUGACAACUGAUCAUGCGUUUACGAGUUGAACCUAAAUUUAGUUUUAGUGCAGAUUUGUUAAUACGACACAAAGACACGAAAUUGUUUUACGGAUCAUUUCAGCUUACAGGACUGGGUGGGUCACGUAAGAAUAUCGAAUAUAAAAUAUAUUUUUAUAAACAACUGGUAGCAAGGUGAGUUGCAGAUAAUUAAUCAGUAACCACAUUUUAACUAACUAUUUUGACCUGUUAAUUCUUUUCAGCUCAAUUCAACAGUGCAAAAUGCCCAUAAUAUCACUUUAAGCAUUAGCACGAUGAUAAUUGAUACUGUUAAUAAUCGAAUCAAAUAGCAAUGCCCGACAAACCACUAAAACAGGUUUGUUCGAAGAACGCGCCUAUAAAUACGGAUACUUCUCGUGUGGCCGGUUGACUCAUAUGUUUAAAUUUCACUUCCAUUCUUCUUUUGGUUUUCUGUUUUGUAUCAAUAGGUUUAUGACCAGCAAUAUGUUAUAAUGUAAAAUAAGCCGCGAAAACUCCCCGUAACAUCCCGUACUGCGUGUGAUGCAGCUAAGAACUGCACAGAAAAAGACAUUCGCUAUACUUGAUCUCAUUCAUUAAACUAUUUACGCCGUAUAUCUUUUUUAAAGAUAUUUCUUGUUACCCAUAAUUACAUUUAAAAACACAAACAAAUUAAUUAUUUAUCGAUAUCGUCUUAAAGAUAAUUAAUUAUUGAAUUAAUUACUGAGACGUAUACUAAUUAAACAAAGUGAGAAUCGCGUAUUAGGCGGACGUAUUAGACGAUUUUACGUUGCUAUGCGCACCUGUCGCUUACAUCAUUUGACAUUUUGACAACAUGGCGGACAUACAGAAUUAAAUUGUGACUCGGCAAACAUGGCAAAUAACGUCGUAAACGAUCGAAUUAACGAUGGAGAUUAUACAUUCAGAAGGAAUUUCUGUGAUAAUCAACGAUGCAUAAACAUGUUUUGAUAGCAACAACAUACUUAUUUGUAAUCUACUCAGAUUACAUGGGCCCACAUGGGCCACGCCCACCUAAAAUUGCCUUUUACUAUAAUUUCUUCAUUUCUACACCGAUUCACUUCAAAUUGAUACUGAACCUCUCUUAUGACAAUACAGUUAAUCUCAACUAUGCAUGGCCCCAUUACCAACCCUGGGGCGCCCCGCCCACAUAGGCCACGCCCACCCAAAAUUGCCUUUUACUAUAAUUUCUUCAUUUCUACACCGAUUCACUUCAAAUUGAUACUGAACCUCUUUUAUGACAAUACAGUCAAUCUCAACUAUACAUGGCCUCAUAUCCAACCCUGGGUCGUCCUGGCCACUUAGGCCACGCCCACCCAAAAUUGCCUUUUACUAUAAUUUCUUCAUUUCUACACCGAUUUACUUCAAAGUGAUACUGAACAUCUCUUAUGACAAUACGGUCAAUCUCAACUAUGUAUAGCCCCAUUACCAACCCUGGGGCGCCCCGCCCAUAAUAGGCCACACCCACCCAAAAUUGUCUUUCUCCCCACGCUUUUUGAAAUGCGUGGGGAUAUUGUGGUUAUCUCCGUCUGUCCGUCCGUCCUGGCCACUAUCUCGUCCUACACUAUUAGCACUAGAACCUUGAAACUUACACACAUGGCAGCUGUGAGCAUAAGAGCGACCCUGCACUUUUUGGAAUUUUGAUCUUACCCAUCAGGGGUGGCGAAAUCUCAAAAAACUAUACUGGUCCACGGACAACAAUUUAUGAAAUUUAACUUGUCCGUUGCUGAACUACUGUUGCCGUUAAAUUAUAAACGCAUUUAUUGUUAUACCUACACAUGUACCAUUCUAAUCAGAUAAAAUAGUGGCCAGUUUCUUAGAAAACUGAUGAUGGCAACGGUGUAAUCCUCGUGGAAAUUGUGCAUUUCAUGCGUAAUAUUGUCAAAACAUUUUUUCAUCACGUUAAGCGUUUUAACAAAGACUCGUUGAAUUAAUUACACACAACUGUAAACGUUUUGUUUUAUUCUCAAAUGAGCAUAAGUAAAUGUGUAAUCCGACAAACACUUCUGAAUAUAAUGACAGCCAUUUCCAUAUGCAACGGAACUAUCCGGCAAUGCUCGAAUUUGUAUGAAAUAACAUGAGAAAAAAAUGAUGCUAGAAUUUAGCCAACAUUUGGUAUGGGAAGGUAUAAAACCCGGAAAUGUCCGGAAAACCCUGAAUUCGUUUAGGUAAAACCCAGAAAAGGUAAAAAUGGUUAUAAAUGCAUUAUUAUAUGUAUUAUAAUGGUACUGUUGGAAAGAAGAGCCUCCAAAGCUUCUAACGAUGUAAACAUAUUGUAUGGCAGGGUCGGGGUCGGUCUGUAAAUUGCGGUCAAAGUCCGUCUACUUUUAGUGUUUUUUUUCGCACACAAAAAAUGCCUAAUGGAAAACCCGGAAAAGGUAAAAGUGAUUUAGAGUAAACAGUUUUAUUUAUUCGAUAUUAAUUAUAAUGGUACCUUUGUAAAGAGGAUCCUGAUAAGUGCCUACGAAUGAUUUUGAUAUAUAUCUUAUAUUGAGGGUAAAUAGUAUAUAUGAUGGCAUUUGUUGUCGUGAGAGCAAUAAGGAAAAGACAGCGGGAGGUUUGACUAUUUUCCCUCAUGAUCUUAUUUCUGGAGUUAACUUAUUAUUUUAUUAAAAACAUGCGACGUUGUUUUUGUUUCAUUUCAUUGUGCCUUAGAAAGUUACAGUUAUGUUGCUCUGGUGAACAUACAACCAUUGCGUAGCUGAAUAGUUUAAUCAAAUUAAGCGUAUUCUCUUUUAUUGUAGUUUGAUUGAAAUUGUCAUGCAAUUAGCUUAAUUAGUGUUUUGCUUUUGAAGUUUUGUUUUUCUUUUGGCAAAGUGUAAUGUUUCGGCGCCCUUAAACCGGGUCUAAACCUCAGGCUAUCCGUUGCUUUGCAUUGGCCAUGUUAAUGCGGUGACCCCAGUGUGUGUCGUGUUUUUUGUCAUGUGUCUAAUUAAAUUGCAAUUGGCCACAUGCCUCAAAUGA